CGUUCGAAUAAACAUCACCUUGCGUCGGUUCAGUCGUAGCCUGGCGUCGCGGCGUGAAGUACACACUAAGAGCUCGCUGUUCGACGAUUAUCAUUCUAUCCUUGUUAAGACCGGUUCUUUGGAAGAAAGUGUGAAAUUAAUCAUCAGCAACCAUGAGUACGGCAGCACCUACUACUGUCAAUCCUGAUGACAGUAAUGAUAUCGCCGUACUGAAUUGGGUGGACAUUGUCGUGAUCGUCGCCUACUUCGUUUUCGUCAUGUUGGUCGGCGUAUGGGCAUCCUUUCAAUCCAGUCGAGCAACGCUCAAGGGAUACUUCUUGGCUGGUAAGAACAUGCUAUGGUGGCCCAUUGGUGCAUCGUUGUUCUCCAGUAACAUCGGAUCCGGUCAUUUCAUUGGCCUGGCUGGGUCUGGGGCAGCAGGAGGCAUUGCCGUGGGCGCCUUCGAGUUCAAUGCCAUGUUUAUCCUCCUGCUCCUGGGUUGGAUCUUUCUUCCGGUUUACAUGUCUGCAGGCGUAUUUACAAUGCCCGAGUACCUGAGGAAGCGGUUUGGUGGUCAGAGAGUGAGGAUCUAUCUAGCUGUUCUUGCGCUCAUCCUCUCAAUUGUCACUAAAAUAUCGGUGGAUCUGUUUGCUGGAGCUUUGUUCGUUCAGCAGUCCCUCGGAUGGGAUCUAUAUCUAUCAAUCAUCAUCCUCCUGGCUAUCACAGCAGUGUACACUGUAAUCGGUGGUCUAUCUGCCGUGAUCUACACUGAUGCCUUGCAGACUGCUAUUAUGUUAAUUGGAGCUCUGGUCCUUAUGAUUCUAUGUUUUAUUGAGGUACCUUACAAUGAGCUGUUCAUCAAAUACUUCCAAGCCAUCCCCGAAACCACACUGAACAACCCUAACACUACCUGCGGAUUUCCGCGUUCUGAUGCCUUUCACAUUUUCCGUGAUCCACUGACGGCAGAUCUUCCCUGGCCAGGAAUGAUCUUUGGUAUCACAAUCUCUUCUAUCUGGUACUGGUGUACAGAUCAAGUUAUCGUUCAACGAGCACUUGCUGCCAAGUCUCUCUCCCAUGCCAAGGGUGGUUGUGUUAUGGCUGCCUUCCUCAAGAUCUUACCCAUGUUCCUCAUCGUGUUUCCAGGAAUGGUAUCCAGGACCCUCUACCCAAACAAGGUAGCCUGUGCUGACCCUGCUGAAUGUCUCAAAUAUUGUCAGAGUGAAACGGCUUGUACCAACGUGGCAUACCCUCUCCUUGUUGUGAACAUCAUGCCUGUCGGUGCUCGUGGAUUAAUGUUGGCUGUGAUCAUGAGCGCUCUGAUGAGUUCAUUGACAUCGAUCUUUAACAGCAGUUCCACGAUCUUUACCAUCGAUGUUUGGCGCCGAAUCAGACCAAAUUCAAGCGAGACCGAACUUAUGAUUGUAGGAAGAAUCUUCAUUCUGAUAAUGGUUGGAAUCAGUAUUCUUUGGAUUCCCAUCAUCCAGGCAUCUCAGGGAGGUCGUCUUUUUGAUUACAUCCAAGCUGUCACAAGCUACCUGGCUCCUCCCAUAUGCGCUGUGUUCCUUAUGGCUAUUAUAUGGGAACGUGUUAAUGAAAAGGGAGCAUUCUGGGGUCUGAUGGCUGGUUUGGUUGUUGGUUUAGUUCGUAUGAUCCUUGACUUUGCCUACCCAGCACCAAGCUGUGGUGAUGAAGAUAACAGACCUGCUGUAAUCGCUAACAUGCACUACCUCUAUUUUGGCAUGUUCCUAUUUGCCUUUGUGUGUCUCUUUACAGCUAUUGUAAGCCUGCUUACUACACCUAUCCCAUCAAAAUAUCUUGUUCAUCUGACAUGGGCAACACGUCAUAGCACUCUUGAACGCCAGGAUCUAUCCAUUUCUGAGGUACAAGAACUCAAGGAAAAGGUCAUUGAUGAACCAGAAGAUGAGGAGGAGGUGACAUUUAGCCGUAAGCUUGUCGAUUGGAUGUGUGGUACAGGCAAGCAGCCUGAGAUGACUCCAGAACAAAAGGAAGAACAGAUGAAGAGGAUGACAGAUAUCAAAGAAACCAAGAGAGAUAGGAUCAUCUUGAACAUUUCAGCAGUCUUAGCCAUGGGUGUCAGCAUCUUUUUCUGGGCUUACUAUGGAUAACACCAACACAAAAACAGUUUUGUAUUUUUUAAAGUAAAAAAAUGAUCUCCUUGUAGGCUUUCUGGUUGCAUCUUGAAAAGAUUUUGUCAAGGUGGUGAUUUAUUGCUCAUUUUCCUGCAGGGAAAUUUGUAUUUUAAUAAUUAGGUAAUAAUAGUUAUUUCAAUCAUCCAUAUCAUUUUAUUAAAUAAUGACAAAGGUGUUCUAAAACUUUGAAUCCAUGUGGGGGUGUCAUUAUCUAGUAAGAAUUUUUAUUGUACCAAAGAGUGCAGUAUUCAUACAUGAUAGAAGCAAUUUAUAUGUAGAAUUUGUAAUGAAUGUAUAUGCAAGUUUGUUAGUUUUUUAGUACAUGAAUCCCUGCACGUAAAGUAAGGGUUAUUUAUCCAUUCCUACUUGGUUAGAUUAUCAACAGAGCAUCAACUAAAUUUGUUGUUCUCAAAAUAUUAUAGAGAAAACUUCUUACAAUGGUAUAUGCAUACAAUGGUAUAUGCAUGAUUUUCAACCUUGUUACUGGCAUAUUCAAUUUACAUAGCUUUGUUGAUAUAAGUUAUUCAAAGAACAUUUCAGGAAUACAUCAAAUGUAUUUUUAAAAAUAGUUUUUUGACAAAAUAAUAUUUGUGGCAAGGUAACAUAAUACAUGUAUUUACAUGGACCAGUAAUUUCUAAUCCAUUAAUCUUUGGAUUUGAAUGUUCAAUAACAAUUGUGCCUUAAUUCAUAGUAUACUGAAAUUUUUCUUGAGAUGAAAUUUUAGUUUGCCUAAAUCUUAUCUUUAGUAACAUCAUUUAUUAAGAUUAAAAUGGAAAUCAAAGUAUGGAUCAGCAGGGUAAAAUAUGUUGGUGAUUCUAGCUUUAUAGGCACUACCUUUCAUUUCUUCUCUUUUUCAAUUAUGCUUAUUCACUGAUGCUUGUAGUAAAAUGAUUCACAUUCAAAAUCUGGGUUGGUAGAAUUUAAUUAUUAAAAAAGAAUCAGUUAUUAUUCAAGGAAUGAGUUUGCCGUCUUGUUUCACUAUCUAUGAAUCCAAAUCUUUAAACGGAUUAUCAAAUGAUGUGAAGUUUUUAAUUUGAUCACAAGACUCUGAAAGGGUGAAUCUGUAUAGUUCUACAUUUAGAAUGACUUCAUUUCACAAUAGUAGAUGUAUAUAAAGUGUAUCUCUGCUUUCUCCACUCAAACCUUCUCCACCCCCCCCCCCGCCCCGUUCUCUCUCUUUCUCUCUGUAUUCUUGGUCAUUUUGUAUUUAAUAUCUUUAUGGAAUACAUAUGAAUAUGUGUAAUACGAAGAGAUAUAAUAGAAAUCAUGCAAUGUACAUACAUGAAAUGUAUAUUUUUGAAGAUAGAGCUAUAAUGAUUUUAUCAUAAUGAUUGAACAUAUACCUCUUGAUUGACAUCAUUCAGUCAGUGACACUAUGUAUAUAUAUAUUUUUUGUCUUUUAAUUGUAGAAUGGUAUUUUUUUUAAUCAUGUAGGAGAGCAACACUAUUCACAAUCAGAAAAUGAAGCCAAUGACAUAUGCUAUUUCUAUUUUGACCUCUUCACAAAUCUUGUAUACCUGUUGAACUUUUUUUACUGUAAUCGGUACAGACUGAAUAUUUAAUCAUCAAAAUUAAGACACCUAGGAAGAGUUUGCCAUUACAAACAAGGGAAACUUGAUAAGGGUCAAGGGAACAAACUUCACAGAUUGAUGACAUCAGUUCACAAUGAGAUGCUCUUAUUUUCUAUGGUUCAUAAAAGAGUUGCAUGGAAGUGUCAUACAUGUAUGAGCUUUGAUCUAAAACAUGAAAUGCCUGUCAAUUAUGUGUAAGACUAAAAAUUGAAGGCUGCACGGGCCUAAUCACUAGUGGCAGGCCA